AUGAAGUUCUCACGCGCAGCUGCUCUUUCUCUCCUUUCUGGAAUCGGGGCUGCAUCUUCAGAUGCUAACUGUUCUCCUGUCACAACCACAAUCUAUCAUCCCACUACUAUCACUGUCACAGAACCUUCAUUCGUAACUUCCACCAUUACUCUUGGGGGAGGUGGAGGGCAUGGCGAAGCAGAGGAAUCUGGUACAACAAUAUAUCAGACUGUCACACUUGGAGGCGGAUCUGCUCCCACACCAGUUACCAUCACAGCCCCUGCUCAAACAAUCACAGUCAACGAUGGAGAAACCGUUAUUGGAGGAGUUUCCACUUCCACAUCGACAUCUCUGAAGGUGUUCAAAACUUCUACCCCUAUUAUAAGUGGAACAGGAUCGCUUCUGGGAGCUCAGAUCACACCCCUUCCCUCGGCCGGCGCUACCGGAGCCGUCACACAAGUAAACGUGAUAUCAGGGGUUUCCACUGUCCAAGUCUGUCCUACCGGUGCUACAACUUAUGACUGCACAGAGGUUGUUUAUGGUUCAGGUGGAGAAAUCAUUGUAGUUCAGAUCAUCACUGUUAAUGUCACGGUAGAUGUCUACGGUGAGGCCAGCACAGUUACAAUAACUAAAAUCGCCAGCGCUACUUCCACGCCUAGUCUCCCACCUACACACUCGGGAAGCCUUCUCGGAACCAAGACCGGCAAAGCGACCUCUACUGGUAAGCCUACAGGACCACCAUACUCAUUUGGAAAUGGAAGCGAACCUAUCUAUCCAACGGGAAGUAUUAGAACAGGAACUAGCGUCUCACACAAACCCACUGGAACCGGAAAGCCAACCAAGCCAACGCACGUUGUCUCAAUUGGCCAAAAUGGCACUCUCUCUUUCUCUCCUCAAUACAUUGAUGCGGAGGAAGGAGAUACCGUGCGCUUCAAUUUCUACCCAACUAAUCAUACCAUAACUUCUUGUGAUAUUGCGGCUCCUUGCGUUAUGAAUGGUGUCUACGAUUCGGGGUUCAAGCCCGUUUUGGCUAAAAACAUGACUACAUUUGUCGACUUCCCCGUUACAAACGCCACUAACCCACUUCGUCAAAAGAAUGAGUGUGAGUCAGGCAUGGUGUUUGCUAUCAAUCCUAAAUCGAAAACUCAAUAUGACGAAUUCGUAUCUGCUGCCAAGGGUAAGAAGACUACCACUACAAGCCAUGCACCGACUGGAACAGCAUAUUCGACCGGUACGGUUAGAGGCACGGGCCUUCCAUAUUCUCGCAACGGCACUUACUCAUAUGGACUUCCAUCCGGCAGUGUCCGACCCACAUCUGCGCACUCUGAAUUGGGCAUUAGCGUGACCGGCUCAUCAAAAGCACCUUUUCCUACUGGAGGGUCAAAUACAACUAUUAGCACUGGGACUGGGGUACAUCAUAUCGAGACGGGAACAGGGUUCGCACUACCAUCGGGCACUUUUAUACCAUCCGGCAGUAUCAAACCAUCAGGCAGCAUUCGCAGCUCCGGUAGUAUUAAGCCAUCCGGUAGUAUCAAACCAUCGGGCAGCAUUCGCAGCUCUGGGCUUCCACACUCAUCGGGUUCCUUCAGACCAACUGGAAGUAUUAGCGGCAGUGGCCAUGCAUCUUCAACGGGAAGCGCGAAGACAACUAUCGUCUCAAGCAGCUCAUCUUCAGUCACAAGCAAAACUAGCUCACCGUCACACUCAACUACUAGCAGUUCAAGUUCGUCUUCACACUCGACCACCAGCAGUUCUAGUUCGACCAUCACCACUACCUCUUCAAUUCACGGUUAUGUCCCCUACAGUUUCUCUACUCCCGUCGCUUCAUAUGUCGCUCAACCUUAUCGAGCGUAA